AUGGCAUGUAAGGGGAGAGUGUCUCUGCGGGUGCCUAAUCCUACAAAUGUCAGCAGCAUCAUAGUGAAGCUCGAAGGCGAAUCGAGAACACGGUUGAUGACAGAAUUGCGGCCGGACAGAAGAGACAGCAGGCAAAGACCAGUUCUAGAAGUCCACAAAGUCCUGUACAAGACACAGGUAGUGUGGCCUGCGAAUAUGCGCCAGGAGGACUUGCUCGCGAACCCCAAGGCCAGCUUCUUGAUCAACGCGGGGUCGUACGAGUAUCCGUUUCAGUUCAGGAUUCCUAUCAACGCCUCGUGUCCACAGGCUACAAAUCCUAUUACAAACGUUUCCUUCUCAAAUGCGAUGCCCGAGUUUGCCAAAGCGCCCACACAACAUGUUAAGGGGACGCUCCCACCGUCUCUAAGUGGCUUCCCUGGCGAGGCUGAGGUUCGAUAUUAUGUCAAGGUUACGGUCAACCGGCCGCAGUUUUUCAAGGAGAACCCAAGGGCGCUUGCGAACUUUACCUUCCUUCCAAUCGAGCCACCGCGACCAGGGAACACAGAUGGGGAGGCAUAUGCGCGGAGACAACAUCAGUUCUUGGAGAAUGCGCCGAGUACAGCAGCUAAAAGGGCGAGUAUCUUCACCAGGACGAGCUCGCAUACGAGUCCUCCGACAUCACCAACGACUGGAGUACCUCCACGCGUUACCAUCGAUGCCCGACUACCGAAUCCUGCGAUCCUUACUAGUAAUCAAGAUAUCCCACUGCGGCUGUUGAUCAGAAAUGUGAGCGAACGCACAAAGAACAUCUACCUACAAAUGCUCCAGAUCGAACUCAUAGGCUAUACCAAAGUACGCGCCCACGAGGUUGUCCGCACAGAGUCGAACAGCUGGCUUCUCGCCUCGAUGAGCAACAUGGCUAUCCCCAUCGGCUCACCCACAGACCCCAUUGACACGGAGAUUCCCAUAAACCAAGAGUACUGGUCAGGCAAGCCCGUUCCAAACACCGUGCCACCGACAUUUACAACAUGCAACCUUUCCCGCUUCUACGAACUUGAAAUCCGCGUUGGAGUUGGCUACGGGAGCUACAAGCACGGCGAAGAUCAACUCGUCGUCCUGCCACUCCGCCUGCCAGUCAAGGUAUACUCGGGCAUCGCACCGCCGAAAGCACUGCUGGACGCGGUGUAUACAGGCGAUAGCAAGGCGCAGCAUGAGACUCUGGGCGUUGCUCCACCACACGGACAGCCACCUCAUACACCUACAACACCUGCAUAUGCAGGGCCUUCAAACGGCGGGAACGGGUUUCCUGAUGCGCCAGAUGAUGCGCCGCCGAGCUAUGAGGAGGCGGUUGGAACGGAUCUGCCUCCAAUCAAUGGGUAUAGAGGGAACUAUCAGCCUCCGCCUGUGCCCGAGGGCGCGCCCAGGUUCUCGGACGAGAAGAGGAGGUAA